CCUUGUAGAUGGGCGCAUACACUUCAGCUUGUGUGCCCAGAUUUGCUUGCUCAGACUUGUUAUGUUGCGUGGCGCACGCGUCGUAGGGGAAUUUGGACAUGCGGGCUGUGCUCGGUGCACAUAGCAUGAUCCGAUGUAACUCGACAGUGGCAGCAUCCGUCUCAAAUGAGUACCUACAGUACUUCAACCAUCCUAGACUAGGAUUGACGUGCAUGCAUGCACCGAGAUCUUACCAAGAUGCUAUGCCAGCGUCUAAAUCCCGGUUCGGGGCAGAGGGAUCACACCCUAGCCAGCAAUGCUACGACCUGAAAGCUGACUUAGAGACAGCAGUCGUGCUUGCAGGUGAAACGAUGCAUCCGGGUAUGGAGCAUUGGCUCAGCCAAGGCGCGGAUCUCCUUCAUAGUCGAAGGAGCCAUGCGAUGCUGGCCGGUUGUGGCUGCAUCGAACGAUUUGCAAGCCCCGUCUUGGUGCGGCUCUCAUGCAGCCGGACCCGCGAUUUGUUCCGCUGGCCGCGGGGGUAGGGCCGGCGUUGUAUCAACCCACUUGGCGGGUUCCGUACCAUGCAUAUGCGCGAGAUACGAUGAUAAAGCUGCGAGCGUCGAUUAUCGUGGGUUUCUU